AUGAGAGAAGAAAGCAGUAUCGAAACAAAUAACAAGUCUGCAGUCACCGAUACGACGGUUAACGAAGCCGAAAAAAUCGUUAAAAAGGUCUUCAAUAAGAUAGAGUCCUAUGCGAAGCCGGAUAAAACACCGAUUAAGAAAUUCACAGCGGUUGAUACGAGUACGAAAAAGCCAAGCAUCACGAGCUCCAGCAUCAACGCAAUCGAAAAUGAAACGAACAAGAAGAAGAAACCCUUGAAGAAACCGAUUAAGGGCGAAGAAGACGACGAUGACGAUAUUCUAGGAGAUAGUCUAGACGACGAUGACGACGACGACGAUGAGGAUGAAGAGAUUUUAAACGACGACGACGAUGAUAACGAGAAGGAUAGCGAAGCAGAGGAGGACGAAGAUGAGAAGGUUGACGGAAGUGAACACGAGAAUCACGAGGACGAAGACGAGAAAGGCGAGAUCGAAGAUUUAGAUGACGACGACGACGAAGAAGAUGCAGUGAUCAGCGCGUUGGUUUAUGACGAAAAAGAGAAUGGAAAGAAGAAGGGCAAAGUGAAAAAAUAUAACCAGUUCUCCGAAGCUUACGAUGAUGACUCGAAUUACGAAUUAGGCUUGCCCCAGCUUUUAGCAGAAAAUAGGCAUUCGAGGAGCAAUCGUCACAUCAAAGAAACGAGAUUUUUAGGUCUUAUAUUCAUGCUCGUCCCGUUUUGUAUACGUAUAGAAUAA